AAGAAGCCAUAAUUAGGUCGGUAAAUUCACAAGUAGUAGGAUGAGACAGGUAGACUGUCUGUGCGCGCUCGGCAGCCCGAGAAACGCGCCGAGAGCGCUUGCUCCAAACUGGUUUAUAACACUAGAAAAAAGUUUCGGUCACCUUUCUAAUGGAUGAAUUUCGAUUCUAUACAUUUGAAAGAGUACUUUAAGCCAAAAAAAAAAUUUUCGAUUUUUUGAAAGUACAAAGGUGGUAUCCUGCCUUAAUAUAUAUUUACCAGUAAGAACACGAGAAAAGCAAAGAGUGUAUCCCCUCCCGUGCAAAUGCGUGCUGCUCGCGGACACCAAAGUUUCUAUCAUUGCGCGUAUCGUUUCAAUCGUUACAAUACGCAAGCGCGAAUAUAGAGACUUGCUAGCGAUGAACAGACAAAAGAGAAAACAGUCGUCGCCUCGUGACAUUGCGUUAUACUUCACGAACGCGAAAGUACCAACAGUAGAGUCUCAAGUGAAAAACAUUUUACAAUGUACAACAAUAAAAAUUACAAACGUGACAUAAGUUAUACAUACGAAUUGAAUCGGUUUUUUCUUCGCAUAUUGGGCGUCUGGCCCAACGCAAACAAGAAAAUCUGUCUUUUACAAAAGCUGACGAAGAGCGUGCUGAUUUUCGGAUGCUACUUUAUCCUUUGUUGCGAUCUAAUUUCUGUACUCCUUUAUAUAUUCGUGGUGCAGAAGGAGACACGCGCGAGAAUUAAGGUUAUAGGCGUUGUGUUAUUCAUGAUUGUGUCGAUUUUAAAGUAUAGCAAUAUGUUGUACGUGGAGAAUCAAAUGAAGGAUUGCUUGGCGUGUGUGGAGAAAGAUUUUCAAAGUGUUACUAGUUCGACUGAGCGCAACACGAUGCUUUUUCACGUGAAAACUAGCAGACAUUUGUUGAUCUUGUGCGGAAUAUUUAUGUAUGGCGCCGGUAUGACAUAUCGAACAGCCAUACCGUUAUCAAGAGGGAAGAUUGUCACCGCUCAGAACAUUACAAUUAGACCUUUGCCGUGUCCUGCUUACUAUGUAGUGUUCGAUCCACAGAUCAGUCCGGCUUACGAGAUUGUAUUCUUCGUACAGUGUUUCACGGGUUUCAUCAGGUAUACGAUCACAGUGGCAGGUUGUGGCACUGUGGCGCUCUUCACGAUGCAUAUCAUCGCGCAAUUAGACAUCUUAAUGGUACUAAUGAACAAUUUGACGGUCAAACAUGAGCUUGAGCAUGUGAACAAGAAAUUAUCUGUUAUCGUACAAUAUCAAAUAAAAAUACGAAAUUUUUUAGAUAUGGUGCAAGGCGUUGUACAUUUCUCGAGUUUUGUAGAACUUGUAGCAUGUACUUCCAUAUUAUGCCUCAUGAUAUAUUGCUUAAUUAUGGAAUGGGAGGCCAGCAAUGCCGUAGCCAUUUGUACGUAUUGUAUUUUAGUGAUGUCAUUCACUUUCAACACAUUUAUAUAUUGUUUUAUUGGUGAGCAACUUUCUGAAAAGGGAGAAGAAGUAGCUUGGACUGCAUGUACGUUAGAUUGGCACCUUCUUCCGGAUGCAAAUGUGCGGGCAUUAAUUCUAAUUAUGCUCAUGUGUAAUAAGACAAUGAAACUUAAGGCAGGCAAUUACUUGGAGUUAUCCUUUAGGACAUUCGGGUCUGUUGUUAAGACAGGCGUGGGAUAUUUAAAUCUCCUUCGAUCAGUUGUAGAUUGAAUUACAAUACAUUUAUUUAUAGAUUAAUUUAGCGUAAAAUGGAGAAACUAUUAAGUAUGUAAUGUUGAAGUAAACAUAAUUAGAUAUUGAAAGUUAAA